CCCGCAGACACAUCCGAAGGACAUGUCAAACUUUUUUUCUUUACUUUCGAUAUGUAAUUAAUUGUAAUGCUAUUUGACACUCGUGUGGAAUAGAGUUGACAGCGUCCUGGGUGGGUUGCGGCGUGCCGGAACCCCUCAUAACUGUGCAGCUGAGGACCUACAAGUACAGUCUCAAGUCCACCAACAUGUCAGAGUGUGUGUCAGAAGGGCUGGACCUGAAGGAGAUGGAGGAGGAUGAGCUGUGGGAGAUGAUCAAUGACAACCGACACCGUAUCUCGCUGGGAGUGAAGCCCUGCAUGCUGAUCCCCUACCUGCGGCAGGCGCGGGUCCUCAACGAACUGGACGAGGACGAGAUCCUGAACUGCAUGAAGUUCACCAACUGGAGCAUGAAAACAAGCCACAUGCUCGAUGUCCUGCGCAUUCAAGGGAGAAAUGGUGCCAUGGCCCUCCUGGAGAGUUUGAUGAUCCACUAUCCCAAACUGUAUACCCAGAUCACAGGUCGCAAGCCCAGUAUAGAGUCCUCAGGGUUCAGUGGCCUCAUUAAGACUUCAGAGCUGACGGAGUACCUGGUGCGUGCAGUGACAGGUAUGCAGCGGGAGCUGCAGGAGGCGCGGCAGCAGGCUUCUGUCCUGUCGGCACGCUGCACGGAGCUGCAGGCAGAGUUGAGCCAGGCACUGCAGCGAGCUGAGGAGCAACAGCGGCUGCAGACGGAGCAUGGGCGGCUACGCAGCCAUAUGGCUGGCCUGCAUCGGGAUGUGCUCAAGCUCAAGGAUGAAAAGUGUGACCUGUAUAUGCGUUACACUGCUGCCAUCGAGGAGAACUCUGCCGUCAACAUCCGCUACCGCGAACUCCAGCUGCAGUUGUACCAGCUCCAGUUUGAGCUCCGCAAGGCUCAGACUGAGACGGACUUCCAGAGGCAGCAGUCUCUCAAGUACAGCAAAUCCGUGGAGAUGCAGGAGUUGCGCGAGGAGGUCAGCGUGCUACGGAGGAAGCUGCUUGAGGCCGAGAAGUUCACACCGGCACGAGAGGACAUCCUGGUGAAGGACCUGGAGGAGGCACGGGACGGGCGCAUGGAGCUGGUGGAGCAAAUUCAUCGUCUGCAGGAGGAGACUGAGCGGCUAGCCAGCGAGAGGGACCAGCUCCUAGAGGAGAAGGAGUGUUUGGCCCUGCAGGUGCAGAAGCUGUCCUUGGACUGUGAAAUGUACCAGCAGAAGAGUGCACUGAUACAGAGCCAGAUGGAGGAGCUACAGCAGGAGAGAGACCAGGCAUACUUGGCAAGGGAUGAAGCUCAGGGCCAGAUCGCCCGGAGCCUGGCAGAGAAAGACACCCUGCGGGGUCAGCUGGUGGAGUUGCAGGAGAAGCUGUUUGCUUUGAGGGUCCAAAGCAACCAGGGGGUGGCCCAGAGUGAGCAGAAGGAGAGGAAGUUUAGCUGGGAGAUGAGUCCUCAAUCCAGCAGUGAGGACCCCCUGCCCUCCACACGUCCGCGCCUCAGACUGUGCAGAAUGGACGCCAUCUGCCCCGAUUACAUGAAAACCAUGGAGAGUAUAGGAUCCUUCAACAGCUUCCGGUCAGUAUGUGCGGAGCCCCCUGGUGCUGAAUCCCUGCGCAGACGACAGCUGGAGGAGAACAGCAGCCUUGACAUUUCAAGAUGGGACUCACAGCCAUCUCUUUCAGACCUGGAAAGCGAAUAUGUCUUCAUAUCAGAUGGCGAUGAAGACGGGACUGCGCCCUUACCUUCUCCUCUCUCUAACAACAUGAGCCCCAGUGAUGGGGAGGCGGUUCCACCAUUUCUGAUCCGGUCUCGGCCCAAGGCGCUGCGUCUUUGUGCCACCUCCCGUGUCCUGACCAUCUCCUUCCAGGGGGAAGCACUCCUUAGUCAGUUGGAGGUGAUUGGCGGAAACAAGACAGGAGUGUUCAUACAUCAUGUGAAGGAGGGGUCAGCGGCACAGAACGUGGGCCUCAGCCCUGGAGCUCAGAUCAUGGAGGUUCAGUAUGAGCAAGGCCAGCAGUCAUUGCGUAUGGUACUGGAGGACUCAACUAUGGAGGAGGCACUCUGGGCACUGGGGCAGGUCCGUGGAUUCUGCAGUGUCUCUGUACGGCCAAAUCAGGAUGCCUACGAAAAGCUGCUGCUCCAGCUCCAAGGUGGAGAGGUCACGACAGGGGACUCCUUCUACGUGCGAGUCAACCUGUCCCUGCCGGGUGGGGCCACGGGGGCUCUGGCGGUGAAGUGCAACGACAUCCUGCAAGUGACAGACACACGUCAGGGUGCCAAAGGCUUCUGGCAGGCCAGUCACGUCCACCCUUGCAACCUGAAGAACCUGAAGUGCGGCACCGUCCCCAACUACUACAGAGCUCAACGACUGCUGAUCAGAGCUAUAGAGGACAUGACCCAAUUCAAUCCACAAAAGAGGAUGGACCGGUGCCAGAGUCGGGAGGAGCAGAAGGCUGUGCGAAUCGUCAGCACAGGACGAGUGGGCCACAACCCUCUCUGGAUGUGUGUGGUGGAAGACAGAGCUGGAGAAAAUAAGGAAGGGGAAAGCAGUGCACCUGGGGGCUGUAUCACGCUAAUGCCUUACACCCUGGUCACGCCCCACCAUCCACCAGCCUCCCGCCCAGUCCUCCUACUUCCCACAAUCCAUGGCCUAAUCAUGAAUAAACGACUGGGUGAGCAGCCAGGAUUCCAACUGUGUGAACCAGAGGUUCUGAGUGCAAGCGAGUGUGCUGACCGGAUGCAGAAGGCAGAGAUCCUGGACAACUGCGGGCAGGUCGCCUGUCCCUGCUACACUGUGCAGAGUGUGGAGAAGGUGAUAAAGCAGGGUCUUCACUGUGUCCUCCCCCUUGGACUAGACUGUGUCAGACGUCUGCACAGAGCUGAGAUCUUUCCCAUCGUGAUUUUCAUUACAUCAUCUGACCGCAGCGUUCGCAAACUCAGGCACAAGCUCCAUCGACAGGGACUGACUGAGGAGCAGCUUCUGGAGUGCUCCCGCAAUGAGAAACCUCUCUUGGAUAAACUGCCCUGCCUGUACCGCACCGUGCCCCCUGACAGCUGGAGCGACAGUGCCACCCUGCUGGCCAUGCUGCGCACCAUUGUCCUGGAGGAGCAGAGCAAGAUUGUGUGGGUCGAACCUGACCUCUGGUAAUGGGGCACAGAGAGCUCAGAUGAUAGAUCUUUCAAAACUUAUUCUUAAUGUGUUAUUCUUAUGUGCCUUACUGUUCUUCUAAUUUUUGAAAUUUUGAGGUGCUGGUAAGGAAUUUCUGAGACGUGGUGCAAGAUUAGCUUUGUAACAUGAAGUCUUGAGGCCCAUAGCAAAAAAGAGGGAUGACAGACUGUCUCUUGGGUACAUGUCUGACACUUUGCUAAAGGUCUUUUAAUUACACUGUCUAGUGAGUGUGGAAAGUCUACCUGCCAAUGUUAAUUUUUUUUACACUAAUAUGAAUGAAUUUCAGUGUUAAACUUUUCAUGCAUACAUAUAUAUACUUUCCUAAUUACAAUAGCUCAAUUUGGAGACUGGGCACUUUAAUAUUUUCAGUUAGUUACGAAGAACUCACAUACUAGGGUAACAUGUAUGAGAUGUUAAGGUUUUCUUUAAGUAUUAACUUAUUUAACAUUUGAAAUGAACUUUUUUUCCCAGUACCCUAAAAGCCAACUUUUGAUGGCUUUACAGUAUAUUUUGUAAAGGUAAAGUGUGUCUAGAACUGUUUCGUUACAACAAAUCCAUGCAUAAUGUUCUAUUACAGCAAGAAUGUGGAUGCAGCAGUGUGAGGGAACUUCCCUCAUUACACUUACGUUGGACACCAUAAAAAUUGUGCAAUAUUCCUCCUGUUGCCCAGACAGAACUUUAGUUUCAUUCUAUGAAUGCAGCCUCAAGGAAACAGAAAUAUACUCAUAAUGAAAUACACAAAGCACAUUGUCAGAAUCUUUGGAAUGUUUCUGUGAGUGCAAUGGUGUCAUUGCUGUGUGUACUGUCAAUGCGCCAUAAUUUCUUCAAAACCAAAGAGCCCGGCUGAUUUUCCAGGUGGGUGUGAAAACAAAGGUGUGACAGUCUGAGACUUUGUGCAUGUUUGAAAUGCAAACUGUAAGGGCUCAAAGGUUGUUCCAUAUAAUGAGUUUUGUUACACAUUUGCUUUUGUUCUGUUACAUUCUUUUAACCAAUUAAAAAUGUAAUUGCUUGUCAAUACAGGGUUAA